GUCGGGAAUGUCAGUCGUCAACAUGAUGUGGCACAUCGUAAAGCGGCCACAGUAAUUUUAAGUUUUUUUCGUAAUUCUGCCGAUUUUCUCGGCACGAUAUAAUUAUGUAAUAUUAAAAAAUCGCAAGAUAAAUAAUCGUCUGCCGUACCGAAAACACGCAAAUAGUACAAAACCGCGAAAAACCCGUAAAAAAAGUUUUUAAUUCACGACCAAAACACGUAUCGUUUAAUCGGAUUUACUUAAGGCUGUGUUACACAUCGUAAAAUAUAAAACGAAAUGGAAUCCGUAGUACCAGAAUUCGAGGAGUUAAUGUUAUGCGGAUAUUGUAAGCAAAAGUUCAACGAAACGGACCAAAGUCCCAAACUGCUGUCAUGCAAGCAUUAUUUUUGUCUGCAAUGCAUGCGUACAAACCUCACAAAAGGCCAGGAACUCUAUUGUGUAUAUUGUUGGAAGAGAACCGAGAUCGGGGACCUGGGACCGGAGUCCCUCCCGACGUACAACCCCGUCUUGUGUCUGACCAAGAAUUUUUCUCAAAUGAAGUUGGGAGUGAAAGCUCCGGAUAAAAAGGUGAUUUCGGAGAACUGUCACACUCACGCUAUGCCGUUGGCGUUGUGGUGUCACACGUGCUGCCUGCCGGUAUGCCGGGCUUGUGCGACCACCACCGAUCACGCAUCCCACCAAAUCAAAUCGCAAAACGAAGCUAAAGACCAAUUGGUGGCCGAACUGCAAAUCGACUUAGCGUCGAUGAACAAAAUGUUAUCCGAGAUACAAAGACUAAUAAUGCAGCAGCGAGAGUUUUUACUUAAGAUACUUGAGGCUUGUGUCACGUUAAAGACGUACGUUGAAGCCGAACUGACCAAUAACGCUUCUCAUUUCGAAUUAACAGACACGAGAGACACGUUAGCGAAACUUCGUCUCAAUUUAUCGAUGGCAGAGACUCUGUCGGACGUCCAUAAUUUGUACUCGAGCGUAAAUAUGGAAAAGCAACGUUUGCAACUGCGUUACCAGGAAAUGUACCUGCAAUGCCAACUCGACGAUCUUAUCCGGAAUUCAAGUGUGAUAUUCGACUUUCAGUUGCUAAAGCAAGCGUUGGGCAACAUUCACAACGGCGAGACAGUGUAUCCAGGAAACUCUCGGAUACUACCUGCCUCUCAACAAAACCCCAUACUAUUCCUAGCCAAUUACUGUAUGUCUCAACUGUACUCUCGUCAUAUGUUGUCCAAGCAAAACGUCAACGGCUCUUUGGACUACCACAACCACAACUCGAUUCCCCCGAUCAAUUAUCUUCCCCACAACCCUCCCCCUCAUCUCGUCAUUCCCACUCCGAAGAAUAUUUAUCAAGAAAACAAUAUACUGGUGCAGAAUAUGAUCCCCUCGCCGCAAAUGAGGAAUCCUGCCAAUAUGUGCCCUCUUUACUACUUCAACAUCGAGGUAAACGGUACCCAAUUGGGGCGCAUCGUGAUAGAAGUGAGAGCCGACGUGGCUCCAAAGAUGGCGAAGAAUUUCGGCUUGUUGACGACUGGCGAAGCCGGAAUGGGCUACAAGGGAUGCCAGAUAUUCCAGUGCUGGGAAGGGGAGAGCGUAAUAACGGGCGACUUCGAGCUCAACAACGGCAGAGGUGGGAGAUCGAUCUUCGACGAGUCCUACUUUCUACCGGACGAUACGAAACUGAUGGCUGUUAGGGGCACCGUCGGCAUGCGGCGCACUCAAAAACGACACGACAACAUGGGCAUGGUUGGAUCUCAAUUCCGAAUCAUCCUCCAGGAGAUGAGGGGGUUCACGGGCAUUUUCGGACACGUCGUCGAAGGAUUAGAAUUAGUCGAAAAAAUUAGUACGUACGGAGACACUGCGGGUAAGCCUACAAAAAAUAUUUUGAUAUCUAAAUGUGGAAAACUGUAACGCUACUUGUUUUCAUUUUUUACUAGCGAUCUUCUAAUCAAACAUUCGAAUAUUGCGUCAAUUCUAAUGGCAUGGAACUAAACAACUUUCAGUCCCACAAAAAUUUUCGAAAACAACGUAAUACACCUGAUACAAUCCAAAAUAUGAUUAUUUUUUUGAUGACUUUUGUUUUUGCUUGAAAAGAUUACAGAAGAUAAAUAUUUUUUUAUUUUGUCCUUUUUUGAGUUAUUUACAAUUUUUUUGUUGAAAUAAUAACUUAAUUAGUGAUAUUUUGGAUUUUUUCUAAAAACUACUAAAAUGAUUGCAAUGCUACAAAAAUCUUUAUAAUUUUACACCUUUAAGUACAAGUAAAAAUUAAUUUGACAAGGAUAAGCUGUUUCUGUCUUGCUAAAAACAUAGUUUUAAAUUUAAACUAAGAUUUUUGUACCGCUGUACACACUUUUGCAAAACAUACAUCUGAACUUACAAAAAUAUAUAGAGUCGGGUAAAAAAGGUUUGGUGCAUUAGAAAUGAAAAAAAAUGUCGGUACAUUCCGUUGCUAAACGUCUUUUUAGGGGGGUGCCUAUAAGACUGACUGAAUUGAAUAAUUGUUUAAACGGUGAAACAUUUUCACUUUACUCAAAAAUAUUUGUAAGCAUUGAAAAAGUAACAAAAUAUUACAAUUUUUUGGUUUCAGAGGUUUUUAUGGGACUGUGAGACUUACACUUGUUUUAAAACGUUUAAAUAAUUGUUUAUUUAAUAUUUUUUGAUCGGUAACUAUAUAUACAAAGCAAAUCGUCUCGAAAAACAAAUGUGAUGUAAGCAGUAAAUUAAUUCCUUUGGUUUUAUGCCAUUUUCUUUGUUUAAUAUUAUUAAUCUUACAAUUUUUCAGUUCCUAAUUUUCGCAGAUGUGAUGACAUAUCUAUUGUUUCUUUAAACGAAGUUGUCGAUGUGGAAAAAAAUUAGAAAAAAUAUAUAAAAAGAGUCUAUUUAUGUAUAAAUCAAACAAUCUGAAAAUCGUAAUUUUAAUAGAUGUUUUUUAAUGUGUAGCUUCAGUCAAACUGCAAAUAUUACAGUACGACCUGAUGCAGAAAAAAGUCUACAGCAAUUUUUUCUUUUCGAAAUAUAGAGCGUUAUUUGAUAUGCCAGUCUGUUGUAUGCUGAAAUGCACAAGAGUUGAGUCUCUAUAUAUUAAAAUCGAACUGUAUUUUCUUGUGAAAUUUCUAUUAUGUGUUGUCUACUAUAUUUAAUACGAAUUUACAACAAUUUUAACUGAAAAUACGUUCAAUUCUCGUUAAAUAUAGUAGAUAACAUCGUACAGUGUUGUCGCGUUUUACCUAGUUUACUAAUUAACACGUUCUAUAUACCUAUAGUAGCAUUUUGUCUACAAUUCUUAUCCUGUCGACUUUUGUAGCUCAGAAAAAUAAGUUUUUUCUCAGAAGUAUGACAAAUUUGACUAAAAAGGCAAAUACUUAUACAUUUCCUGUAGCGAAAUUAGGUGGAUGCCAGCUUUACAAUUAUACGCGUUUUCUGAGUACAAAAUAAGUGUAUUAACAUUCAUAAAACGUCAUUUUACAUGAAUUUACGAUAAAUUACCUUGAAUUUUCAACCUUUCAACUCGUACAAUAAAUAACCAACACGUAAUUUACGACAGAAAAAAUAAUUUUUUGUCCUAAAUGCGCAAAAAACUUGUCAAAUACCUGGCCAGAUAAGACUCACUUGUUUUGGGUGAUUUCUGCAUCAUGUCGACGAAAAAAAAAAUGAAAACAAAUAAAAAUACCGUCUUAGCUUAAAUGAAACUAUCGAAUUCCGAAAUACUAUAUUUUCGUAUAUAGAUAAUAUAGAUAUUUUUUAUUGUUGUCGAUUUAGCUUAUGGAAGACUAGCUUAUAAGUGUACUUUGUUAUGUUUGUUUAAAAGAGCGUACGAAAUGUUAAAGGUUAACAGAGUUUAAGAAGUUUCGAUUUGACAGGGAUGCACACUUUUUAAAUACAGUACAUAAAUUUUUCCGUCUCGUAGAUGUGCGCAUUUACCCAGAACCGAUACUAGUAUCACACAGACGGCAACACUGUAGAGCUGAAAAUUUGAUUGUCUAGUACAAAAAAUUGCAAUUUUUGUUGUUGCAUUUUAACAGUUUCAAACCGAGAAUGGUAUGUGGGACGGAAAAAUUUAAGUUCUGUAUGUAUAUCAUAUAAAAUAUGUGUACAACUAAAAUCAACGGGUCAACAGCAAUUAAUAAUUUUACAAAAAAAUAUAUAUCAGCAACUGUUAAACAAGUACACUACAACUAUAUAAGAUUUCUAACAUAUUCAAGUAUAAAAGCGAUAAUAUCGUUGGCAACUUUCAGUAGAAUGUUGCCAACGACUUUGAAAUGUUAUUUGAAUUGAUUAUUUCCAAAAACGAGCUAGAAUUUAUAUCUUAACUGCUUUAUAGCUUCGUAUAAACGUUUGUAUAUGUAUAUUUCGGCAAAAAACUUGUCUUCGUUUGUCGAAAAACGCUAAUUUACGAAAAAAUACGUUUUGUUCGAAGAAACGAAAUCGUUUUUGGAUUUAAUACUAUGCGGACAUAUCGGAAAAACAUAAAACUAGUUUGAGAGCGUCGCUCUGAAGUCGAUAAUCCAUAAUUUCAUUACUAAAUGGAGUCUCUUAACUGAAUCGCUUUUACACUUGUCAUUUUCUAUUUUUCUAUGUAAUAUUACAAAAAAAUAAAAACAAAGACGAUGAUGUCCCGUUAAUUUUGCACCCCGAAUGGAUAUUUUGUACUAUCUCGAUUUUAUCGCCUUCUUUAAACAUUUUUUUAAUAAGAAAAUGCUUCUUUAUUUAUAUUAUGUACCUUAUAGUUAUUAGUUCGAGUGCAAGACGUACAUUGCACUAAAAUCAUUAAGAAAAUGCUGGCAUUUUCAUUUCCCUUGUAGAUGUCGACAAAAGGGAACAUAACAGUCGUUCAAAGGUCUUCGAAAAAUUCAUAUCUCUUUGGAAACAUUCACUUUUAAACAAGCGAUGAAAAAGAUUCAUUUAAAUUGCUUAAAUCAUUGAACAACUUUAAAAAAAUUAUUAAAAGGCCAAAAAACUAGUUUUGAGACCGUUUGAUCAGACCAAUUAAAUGUCUUAGUGACCCCACUGACCUAUCUGGUGUUUUAUAUUACAGCCUGUAAACAUAUUCACUGUGUGAUGACGAGAGAAAACCUCAAAUAACGCCUGGACAUAAAAAACAAGGUUGUCAUCAAAUUCUUCUUAAGGUAUCGUGUCCGUCAUCAUGUUUACAAUUUCCUAAUACCUUUCACUAUCUGCUGCUGCGCGAAAUAUUUCUUCUACUGUGGAACCACACCAUUGCCUGAAAGUUUCUUUCGACCAAUCCACCUCUUUUACUUCACUUUUUCUUGUAUUAUAACGCGAAGCAGAUGGUAUUUAGGUUCUUUAGAUGUUUCUCUUCUUUGUAAUGUUUAUGGGGAUAUUCUGAAUUCACCAGUUUAAGAACAUUUCCAUUGGAAGUGUACGAAGCCAUAAUAUGGUUUUAUGUUGAUAUUAUCAUGUCUAACAACCAUAUAAUAGGUUCACCACACAUAACAUUUCAGCAUUUUCUUGCGAAUAUGCAUCGACAGGUUUCUGUUACAUAAAACUUUCCACGUCAUAAAAGCCUUACGUGAUAUUUCGAUCUCGUUAUCAAAGUGACAAUUUACAUUUAAAGUCAAUAUUUCUAUUUUUAUUUAUACGUUGAACUUCCAUCAGGUCUAGGAUUUCCUGUGUCAUCCACUCUUCAAUUUGAAUUUUGGAGCAGAGCAAAAGUUCAUCAAAUUGAGACACCAGACAAUUUUUAACUUAAUUAUUAGUCCCUAAAUUGUUUCUUCAAGGACACACUCUGACGCUUUUAUAAGACACUGAGUAGACGGUGAUCAAAAUAGCAAAAAUUGAUCUACCAUUUAGUAAACUCCGGCCAAGAGAAUAGAUAAAUUUACAGCGAGGAAAUAUGAAUUUUGUUGUGGAACCUUCGAACGAUAAAGUAUGCCCCAAAUAAGUACAAAACAAAGAAGACCAAAAAUUCGUAAUUGUGAAAUAAAUUUUAGGAUUCUUGAACGCUGUAGUUAGUCGCGAAAAAUUGAAAAACGUAGAAAACACUUUUGCCCCUUUUGUCUAGUCCCUGGGAAUUCCUUUCUACGCUCAAAACAAAAUGUCCGUCGAUAUACGAGAGAUGUGUGUAACAAUCGUUUUUUAUUUUUUCAAUUUUAUGAAAAUGGCAUUUUAUAGAACCUUUUGUUUUGUGUGUGGAAACUACAACCAAAGUUUUUUGUUUGUUAAAGAUUUUAUUUCGUAAAAAUCAGACAAGGGUUUUGUUUGAAGAAAAAUACACUGAUCACUGUAAUUAAAACGAAAAACAAACGUUUUACGCAUCAAUAAUUACUUUAAAUGUAUAUAACAAGUAAUCUUGGAAAAUAACAUAAAAUGAAGAAAGUAUUAUUAAAAAAUUUGAACUACACAAUAUUUCACCUUUGUACUCCUAGUUAUAGUCAUCUCAAGAGGCAAAUAUGGGAUAUAUUUCAUAUUUAAACCUUAAUAUGCAUACAUUUACCAUUUAUUUUGGUGCUUUAAGAUAUUCAUGUUCAUACAUUCGUACAUUAAAGAAUCUCUAUGUUGUCCCAACGUGAAGUUUUACAGUUACCGUAAUUAUUGAUGUCGUAAACGACCGUAGACUUAAUUACAUUGAAUUACUGUAUAUUCCAUACAUUUUAAGUGCGGUAGAUCGGUUGAUUGUUAAACUUUAAAGUUUAUAAUUAUUGUCUAAGUUCAUAGUAUCAAUCGGGUAUAGUAUAUGAUGAUGAAAACAAAAAUAUAGCAUUUAUAAAUGUUAUCGUAGCCAAAAUAAAAUAAAUCUUUAUUUUUA